AUGUCAACCUCCGAGAGUCCUGACCGCGGGGAGGCCUCGCCAAACCGGGCGGUGGCAUGGGCUAAGAAAGCGGCUAAUUUGAUCCUCGCUCAAUAUCUCAUCAUUGGCUUCGCCGUUGCGUGCGUACUGGGAUACUUCUUUCCAUCCGUUGCGCGACACGGCGGGACGAUUCGCUCCGAGUAUAGUAUCCUGUACGGCGCAGUGGCCUUCAUCUUCUUCGUUAGUGGUCUGCAGCUAUCGCCCGAGAAAUUGAAGAAGAAUGUGACGAAUUGGCGGCUGCACAUCAUUGUGCAGGGGAUCAGCUUUGCCAUCAUCCCGGCCAUCAUCCUUGCAAUUAUCCACAUAUGCCUCGCAGCAGAUUGCCUCAAGUCCCAAACGCCCUCACCCCCUAUUCUCAUCGGUCUACUCACCACCGCCUGCCUCCCUACGACAAUCGCCUCCAAUGUUGUUAUGACUCGCGCCUCAGGCGGCGAUGACGCCGCGGCCAUCAUCUCCGUCGUCAUUGGAAAUGUCGCGGGCGCUUUCCUCUCCCCACUGCUCAUCUACGGUUUCUUCCCCACCGGGGACGCCUUCGUGAACUGGCGGCCGGCUAGCCCCAGCACCCUCGGGAACAUGUAUGCCGACGUUGCUAAGCAGCUCAGCCUCAGCGUUGUGCUGCCGCUCGUGGUCGGGCAAACUGUGCGGUGGCGCUGGGAGGAGAAGACGGUCAAAGUCUUGGACAAGGUGAAGCUCGCCAAGGUGUCAACGCUGUGCCUCGUACUGCUAGUGUGGACGACCUUCUCGGGGGCAUUUGGCACCGGAGCCUUGUUCCAGUUAUCGACGAGUAACGUCAUCUUUAAUGUCUUUAUGAAUGUGGCGCUUUACAUCCUCUUCACCCUCAUCUGCUUCUACACGGCUCGGCCCCCACAGCGCCUCACUGACUGGGUGGCUGCAUCGCGUCUAGGACAGACACUCCCUCGUGCUCUCAUCCCGCGCCGCAUGUCUAAGGAGCAGACCAUCGCCGUGUGCUUCUGCGGCGCCGCCAAGACCACCAGCCUUGGUAUCCCACUAGUGAGUGCGAUGUGGGCGCGGGCCGACGAUCUGACACGCGCGUACAUUCAGAUCCCCGUGCUUCUGUACACGAUUGAGCAAGUAUUUCUCGCGCAGAUGCUAGUAUAUGUCUUCCGGUGGUAUCUGCGGCGAGGGGAAAAGAAACAGGGGGAUGAUACCGAGGAGGAGUGUGGCCGAACUGAGGUGGUGGAGGGAGAUAGGGAAGUGGCCACUCAACGAAACGAAGAAGCCGUUCAAUCUGAACGAGAAAAGGUGGAGGGCAAUGUGAGGUGA